UUGCCGACCAGAUACCCCUAGAUCUGAGGCCGGUAACAUUUGGGGGCUCGUCCGGGAUCGUGUUGCAUCGUCGGUGUGGGGAAGAAGUAAGCAUCGCCGAGAUCUAGUGACUGACACUUCAGGGAAGGCUGCAAAGUCUGCGUCAUCCAGAGAGUAGAGGACAUAGAUUCUACGCUAAGAUGGCUACUACAACCCCACGGCGAAUGCUGGUUUUCAAGAUCCAAAAGAGACUCUCUGAAUUGAGAUUGAGCCAGCUUCAAGCUUUUGCAAGUGCAAUGGAUGAUGGUGAAGAAAGGGAAACUCUGGCUAAUCUGACUGAGCUAGAACUUUAUGACAUGAUUGUUGAUUACCUCAGAGGGGAAAGAUUGAGAGACCUCGAAGAUGAAGGCAUGGCUCAACUCCUCUAUCUCGAAGACCUACAGAAUCACCUGCUGUUCGACAGAGAUGAAGGAUCCAGAAUGACAGAAGAGGUGCCAACUCACCAGGUGGAAAAGACGACAUCUACUGGCCAACCAGCCGCCUCGGCAUCAUCAGCCAAGAAUAGAGACGUCCAGAUAUCAACACCUACAACGGACAACAACUCUCAUUCACCGCCACAUCGGAGCCACCUCAUCACAUCGCCAGUGCAUCUGGACGAACAGCCACUGAAGAUAUCAGCCGCUAAUGGCACAGAGGUUCCCUUUGACGGGUGGGCUAUUGUCGAACUCCAAAUACGCAGUGAGAACCAUGGACAUGCUGAAAUUCAGACAUUCCAUGAACAUGUAGAGGACCUGAGGCGGGUACUCAGCCGCUUAAGAGAGAAUGGAAUCAAGUUGCGUCCAAAGAAAUGUGAGAUGUUCAGAAGACAGUGGGCCAUCUGUGACAAGUUUAGAGAUUAUCUCUAUUAUGCUCCAACAUUCACCGUUUACACCGACAAUAACCCAUUGACGUAUGUGCUAAGCUCAGCUAAGUUGAAUGCAGUUGGCUAUCGUUGGGUGGGUGAGUUGGCGGACUUCCACUUCACUAUCAAGUACAGACCAGGAAGAAACAACAUUGAUGCAGACACACUAUCACGUUAUCCUGUGAAACUUGAAGGACAUCUCGGGGAGUAUACUGAAAUCCUACCCCCAGACUUGAUCUCCACCAUCUGGCAAGGAAAUAAAGCCAUUGAGGAAAAUGAGGUACCAUGGAUGGCAGAACUGCACAUAUCAUCUGGCUGUGAUUAUGAUCCAGUUAUCACAAGUCCAACUUUCACCUCUGAGGACAUCCAAGUUGCCCAGAUGGACGACGCAGCAAUCAGUGAAGUGAUAAUGUUGAAAAAGAGUGGAUGGAAUCCUCAAGAGAAAAGACACCUGGGAGAAGAGACGAAAAGACUCGUACGUGAGUGGAAAAAGUUAAAACUUGAUAAAGGCAUGCUGUAA